UCACUGAAGUCCAAUGUCACGCUCCACAGACGGAACCGUUUCCAUCUUAUUAAACCCUACUGAUUCUUAAGCCCGUACUGUAGCGCUCACUCUCUUGCCACAGCGAUCUGCUCUUCCGCACACAAAAACGAACGAGAACGAAGAUUUCUAAGGCAGAAAAAAAAAAUAAAAAUGCAGAGCUUGAGAGCCUCCGCCUUGGCCCGGCGCGCGCGAUCCGCGGUUCGCUCGCUCUCCAACUGCAGGGCCCUCUCCUCCCACCUCAGCUCCUCCCCCGACGCCGACCACCUCCAAAACGAAGUGCUGGUCGAAGGCAAAGCGAGCGCGCGAGCCGCGAUCCUCAACAGGCCCUCUUUCCUCAACGCUCUCACUACCAACAUGGCUGUGCGUUUGAAGAAGCUCUACGAGUCCUGGGAAGAUAAUCCCGACAUCGGUUUUGUCAUGAUGAAGGGCAGCGGCAGAGCAUUCUGUGCCGGCGGAGAUGUCGUCGCCCUCUAUCGAUUGAUCAACGAAGGAAAACUGGAGGAGUGCAAGGAUUUCUUCAAGAACUUGUAUAUGUACAUAUACAUUUUAGGCACCUACUUGAAGCCACAUGUGGCGAUUUUGGAUGGUAUCACCAUGGGUGGUGGUGGAGGAGUUUCAAUUCCUGGAACGUUUCGUGUAGCUACUGAUAAGACCUUCUUUGCUACUCCAGAAAUCCAUAUUGGUUUCCAUCCUGAUGCUGGGGCUUCUUUUUACCUGUCACAUCUAACUGGUCAUGUAGGGGAAUAUUUGGCUCUGACCGGUGAAAGGCUUAAUGGGGUGGACAUGCUUGCUGUUGGUCUUGCUACCCACUAUGCAAUGAGUGCUCAUCUAGAUCUAAUUGAUGAACGACUAGCAAAGUUGGUAACUGAUGAUCCUUCGGUUAUUGAUUCCUCUCUCGCACAAUACGGUGACAUUGUUUAUCCGGAUAAGAAGAGCAUUAUUCAUAGGCUGGAGGUAAUAGACAAAUGCUUUGGCCGUGAAACAGUCGAGGAAAUCGUGGAUGCUCUGGAAAUUGAGGCUGCUAGGACAAAUCAAGAUUGGUGUACUUCUGCUCUCAAGAAGCUCAAGGAAGCUUCUCCAUUGAGCUUGAAGGUUUCACUGCGAUCGAUCCGCGAAGGUAGAUUUCAGACUCUUGACGAAUGCCUUGUUCGGGAAUACCGAAUGUCUCUUCAUGGUAUCUCAAAGAAGGCCUCUCACGACUUUUCUGAGGGUGUAAGAGCACGGUUAGUCGACAAGGAUUUGGCCCCUAAGUGGGAUCCUCCUACUCUGGAACACGUAUCAGAAGACAUGGUUGAUUAUUACUUCUCGCCUCUCGGAGAAUUCGAGCCUGAGCUAAAGCUACCUACGCACUUGCGAGAAGCUUUUAUCUAAUUUUGGAUACUUCAUGAAGUUUGUUUUAAUUUUUCUCUGAAAAUUUGCUAGACGUUGCGAAGAGCAUCAGAAGCUUUGUUUUUGCUAUGCACCACUGCAUUUAUUGGAGGCGUAGUUUUAUUAUAUCACACUCCUCAGAGUUUUACUGUAUCAUAUCCGCAUUUCGGAUGCUGGUGAAUUUAUCGAAUGAGGAUAUACGUUCUUGUUGGCGUCAGAUAAUUGCAAUAGCAAAUGCACCCUUGCAGUUGCCCUUUCCUUUUUCCCAUUCUUGUAAUUUCAAAAGGAAAGACUCAUUUUAUCUUUUUAUCUCUUUACAUUUUGAGAAAA